UCGCGACGCCUGCCACCCGUAACCACCAGGUGUCGCCGCGGCGUCCCCGGAGCAGGAGGGCGGAGCGGCCGCAGACUGGGAGCAGCAUGUGGACGCUCGGACGCCGCGCGGCUGCCGGCCUCCUGCCCCGCUCGGCGCUCCCGGGCUCAGCCCGGGCCGGCGGCGGGGCCCAGAGGCCGACUAGGACCUUCCCGCUCUACGGCCGCAGAGACCUGAGCAUCUGGACCGGAGCGACCCGCGUAUUCAGCCACGCUAAUCUGAGCCUCUACCGCCUUGAUCAGAUCACGAAUGUCAAGAAGCAGAGUGUCUGUUUGAUGAAUGUGAGGACAGCAGGAACUUUGGGCGACCCUGGCUCUCUGGAUGAGACCACCUAUGAAAGACUGGCUGAGAAGACACUGGACUCCUUAGCAGAGUUUUUCGAAGACCUUGCAGACAAACCUUACACAUUCGAAGACUAUGAUGUCUCGUUUGGGAGUGGUGUUUUAACAGUUAAACUGGGUGGAGAUCUAGGAACCUACGUGAUCAACAAGCAGACCCCGAACAAGCAGAUCUGGUUAUCUUCACCCUCCAGCGGGCCCAAGCGCUACGACUGGACGGGGAGGAACUGGGUGUAUGCCCACGACGGUGUUUCCCUCCACGAGCUGCUGGCCAUGGAGCUGACUAAAGCCUUAAAAACCAAACUGGACUUAUCUUCUCUGGCCUAUUCCGGAAAGGGCCCUUGAUGCCCAGCCCAAUCCCAAAGACAUGAACAGCGCGAAAGCCAAGACCCCAGCUCCAUCCUGCAGCCGAGUGUCUAGGUUGGUCCAUUCCGACUUCUGAGGACAGUUGCAUGGCUCUAAGGCUCUGGUGAAAAGAACGUGUUGCCUCCCACCUUCCCCCAAGUUCGGAUUUUUAAUUUCCAUAGUGUUUUUGGAUUUGUUGUCUGAUUUCCUCCCUCAUGGGAUAUCCCUUCUCUUUUACAAUGUCCCUAUACUCCUACAUUUAUAUAUAACCUUACAACAAAGAAAAAUAAGGAAAAAUUCAGGAGAAAUGACUUUAUUUCGCUCUUCGUUCUUUAAGGACUUAACUGGAUAAAACCACAUGAAGAGCCGCUGGCCGACCUCCCCUUUCUGUCCUCAAAUGAGACCCAUUAAAGGGUUGCCUAUAAAUGUUACCACGCGUCUGGAAAAUGUCAGCAUUCCUAAGCCCUUUGGUACGAAAGUGUCAGUGACAGUCAGGAAUUCUCAAACCCAAAGAUCAUUCUCUCUUUGCAUUCGUGUCUGCCGGGGUGCAGCCUGCAGGAGACACUCAGAGAGAUAUAUAUAGGGGCAUACCCACACAUUUCAUUUCAUUGUGUGUGUGUAUUUUUUUUUAAGGGAGGGGUCCGCAUAGAUUGAGCUGCCGCAGCACAGGUCUGAGAAUGCAAAAACUCCAAAGACAAGAAGGGAAACGGGCCAUUUCAUAAGCUCGUGGAUGUAACCUAAUAAACUAGGUCACAGGGCUGAGGAGGUGCUUUGCAAACCGUGAAGGACCACAUAAAUAAAAAGAUGUUUGUGUUAAUGAAAAGAGCCCUGGUCCUUCACUUGGCUCAGUGCCACCUUUUCUUACUGAAGAAAGUUCUCAGUGACAAGUCUAUGCAGAUACACAGCAUCUCUGUUCUCUAUCUCUGGGUGAGUUUCAUAAACUCCUGGACCUGUUUCCCCACGUGUUAAAUGAGGGUGGAACUGACAGAAUGUGGUAGAUUCUCAGUCCAGACAUUCAGUGGUCCUGUCAGGCCAACUUAACUGGCUGGUUUUAAUUCCUUCUGGUAGAUGAGGGGAUGCCAACAAACAAUUCUCUUAAGCUAUGGCAGAAAUAUCUGGUUAUUGGUAUUGUUCCACUUGAAUUUCAGUGGAAUUCGUGUUCAGAUAGUACCCAACUUACCUUGUUACUGUGCUGAGCUUGUGCUCUGGACUGAAUGUCUAUGUCCCCCCAAAAUUCCUAUGUUGAAUCCUAACCGCUGGUGUGAUGGAGUUAGGAGGUGGGGCCUCUGGGAGGGGAUUGGGUCACAACGACAGAACCCUUAUAAAAGAGACACUUCCCCCCCACAGAGCUCCUCCCCCCUCCCACCAUAUGAGGACACAGUGACAAGACAGCUGUCUGUGAACCAGGAAAUAGAAUUUCACCAGACCUUGAAUGUGCUGGGGCCUUGACCUUGGGUUUCCCAGCCUCCAGAACUGUGGGAAAUAAAUUUCUGUUGUUUAGAA